UUUUCAAGAAGGUGGUGAGUUAAAGAAAGAGAAUGAAAUGCAGUGAAUUAGGUUGUUUGUAGCGAUCUUGACUAUUUUUGUGACAGGGCAGCAUAUUUCACAUUGGCAGGAGUUGCAACUUAGCCUUCUAAUUAAAGGUUGAACAGUUUUAGAGUCCACAUGUGACUGUCAGCAGCUUUGUGGAUGUGAAGCAAGAGAUCUUAACGUUACGCCACAGCGAAACCCUUUCCACUGACAAAUACUGUCUGUUUUAGGUUAAAUUUAAGUUCGCAUUGUUGAUUUCGCAACGCUAAGAAAGUCACUUUGAAUCAUUUCUGUCCAGUUUGUGUUUCCCUUUCCAACUGUUUGCUUUGGCUCCCAGCUUCGUGUGUACUUCUGUUUUUAACUUCCUUUUGAAAUUUCCUCACUGUGGGGCUGACAAACUUUAGACGCAAAGGUUAAGGCUGAUGUACAAAGGUUGCAGUUCACAGGAAGACCACAACAUGUCAGUUACCUAAGCCACAUGUGCCUCUUCAGUUUUUCCAGUUUGUGUCUCACAAACAAACAUAUUUAAGAUAUUCAGAUAUUAGAUAAUAAAAGAAAACAUUUGGAGUGGAUCACGGCGUGCUCAAUUAAAUAAGCCCAAAAACGAAGGAAACUGUUUUAUUUUUAUAGUUUGUCGCGAUUCAAGUUCAACAGAAAUAUGUUGAUGAGUUUGUGUUGUCUUGUUGAGUGUUGAAGCUGCAAUACUUUGAUGUUUGUUCAUGCUGCAGCUUGUUCAAAGUGAAGCACAUGAAGGCUGAUUGUUAUCUGGCAGCUCUGUCUUAGAACUGGCUUGCUGACUCAAGAAAGAAGGUUUGUGUGAGAUGAGGCUUUAAGAUAAUGUUUUUUUUCUUUCUUCUUUUUUUUCACCACAAAUAGUUGUUAAAGUGAUGCUCAUCUUAAUCUUCUCUUCAAACUCUCAAAUUCUUAAUUUGAUCUUUGUCAGUAAUUCAAAACUCAGCAGUGAUCAGAUGCUGAAAUCAGACAAUGAUAUCUUGGUGAUUAGUAUUUGUCACAUAGAGAUGAAACCAGGUGAUUUAUUUUUAGUGGUAAAUGGAAUCCUCAGAUAAUGACCACACCACCACAUUUAGCCCACUUCAAUCCAUCAUAAAAUAUUGCUUUUAUAUAUAUUUACCUACGCAGCGUGAAGAAAAAUAGGAUUUGAAACUUACUUGAGACCAAUAAGACGUCAUUGCAAAAUCAUGUGUGCUCUUGUUUCAGAUGUACAUUUUCACUGCAUGGCUGACAUGAGAACCUGCACUACACUGUACUGCUAAAAGAAUUUAACAGAGUAACUUCAGCAAAAAUUGAACAACUGUGUUCAUGCCUACCUGAACCAAGUUUCAUGUCGGUCGCUGACACAAAUGUUAAUCAUUGUGCUAUAUUUUUGGAAAUUACUCAGCAGUAAGGUACAGUAGGUUAUCCAAGAUCAGAGCUCCAAAACAUGAAAGUAGGCCAAGUGUGAAAAAAUGCUGGUGUGUUUAUAACAGGUUUCACUUGUACUAGUCAUGCUUUUGAGGUAUGACAUUGAAAAAAUAGAUUUGGAUUGACAUUAUAAAAGUAAUUUACCAUGUCAGAGAAAAUACAACAAGACCACAGUGGGCAACAGAACUGCUUCUGUUGUACUUCAACUCCACAGAAAUGAUGAGAAUGUGGGAGGGGAAACUUUAUUGUGAAAUGUCAACGUCUCACACAGGAACAAACAAACCCAAAUAGGGGCAUUAAUCUGGGAACGACAGCAGCAUGUACAGUGCUGAGAAAGAAUAUGAGAACACACGUAAGAGUAUUUAGUAGUAGGUGGAGUACAGUUGUGGUUAAAUAUUACUGAAUUAUAUGAAGGCGGUUGGAGUUCAGAUCGUCCCAUUAAAGAUUUGAAGACUAUUUUCUUUUUACUUUUUUUUUCUUUUCUUUUUUUUAGAUAUGCCUGUUGAAACCUGGUUCUGACUGGAGAGUGAAGGAAACUGAAUAUUUUUAAUAUCUUAAACAUUUUCUUUUAGUUUGACUUAAUUUUCAUGUCUCCACAGCACCUUGGAGCCUAAGUAUGACUUUUAUGGUUGUAUUUGAAAAAGUGGGUGGGUGUAUGAUAAAUAAAACACGAUAAAGUAGCUGCUGCUUGUGUGGUAAUGACACGUUUAUCAUCUAUCAGCUAUGAUAUCCUGCCACAGCGCAGAACCCCAGCAGCAGGCAAGUUUUUAAAAAAAACACCGUAAAUUCCAUUGACAUCCUGUUUCACAUUCUGCGAUAACAAAAACAAUUGCUAUUACAGUACAAGCAGGGGACUUCACUGCCUCUGGACCUGUCUGUGUAUAAACUAAAUGAGUUCUCUUCCUGUUUUGGUAGAGAUUUUUUUUUUCAUAUUUACCACCAAUUCAUAAAAGGCAGUGAAUCACACAGGCAACGGCAUAGGAAAUUAACUCAUUUUCACUUUUCAUUUUACCACAGCUUUCAAGUUAAUUUAUGAAUGGUAUUAUGACUUGUCACGAAGGAAGCUAAUGAGUUUGAAUUCCUGUCACUGGACCAUUGGAACAUUUGCAUUUGGAUUUUAAGGAUUUAUCUAUACGCAGGCCUUGCAACAAUACUGAUUCACCAAAGGUUGGACCCUCCAGGUUGAAACACCUUGACUGCACGCAGGUUGAUCUCCACUUAACUAAUUAAUUCUGCGACUGCCAAAACAAACAGGCUACGCCAGUGACAGUUCAGAUGUAAUGAGUUGAACACAUAUGCAAACAGUGGAGAUCUGUUUUCUGUCCAUCACUAUCAACAAAAAGUCACAAUAAAUCUACUUUGAGUCAGCCUUGUAAAACAAUUAAACAUGAAAACUUCUCAGUGGGAGUGGAUACUUUUUACAUGCACUGUAUCUUUUCUCUAAUCAGCUGCAGGUCCAACAAGAAUCAAUUCCAUGUACUUUAAUGCUGUAUACAUACAGUAGACAGUAGACAGCAUCAGUUUUAAGCAAAGCUAAACUUAUAUGGAUUACUCAGAAAAGCUCAGUGAAUGUAGGUUAGAGCCCGUCUGCUCAUUUCCUCCCUUCAAGCACUCAGCUCAGUUCAAGGAAAUGCUGCUGUUUGCACUGAUUGCCGGCCCGCCUUUGUAAAAUGAUCAGUACAGUUCACAUGCUGGUCGCUGAAUCAUCUACGCUCUGUAGUUUGCUGUAAAGAAGCAAUGAAGGAAAUACUUGUACUGCUGGUCCUGCUGAAUACCCAAACCAUCAAGGUCUGCUCUCGGCCCUAUCAGGCGGACUCGAAUGGAAAGUGCCUCAAUAAAACAACAGAAUACCUGUUAGACGGUUCUAACCUGUGCUGCAAGAAAUGCCAACCUGGACACAGGCUGAAACAAAAAUGCUCCGAAAAUACUGAGACUGUGUGUGAACAGUGUCCAGAAGGGCAAUACAUGGAGGGCUGGAACUACUCUCCAAACUGCUUCUCCUGUAGCAAAUGCAAAUCAGUCAAAGGUCUGCAGCAUGUCCAGAAGUGCUCCUCUACCACAAAGCCCAAGUGUGGGUGCCAGCUGGGGAUGUACUGCAUGAUAGGAUUUGAUGACCCUUACUGUUCAGAAUGUAGAAGAUACAGGCAGUGCCCUGUUGGUUAUGGAGUAUCCGUGCCAGGGAUGGCUGACUCAGAUGUGAAGUGUGAACAGUGCCCCAGUGGGAUGUUCUCAAAUACAGUCUCCUCCAAGGACCGCUGUCAGCCUCAUACAAACUGUCAUGGGAGGGUUAUUAGGCAAGGCAACGCUACCUCAGACACUGUGUGUGAACCUGAGCCUCAAACAUCAACAAAAGAGCCUCACAGCAUGAUUGGGUUUACAAAUGCAAGUACAAUGACUAACUCAGUAACUUCGGACUUCAAGGCUCCACGUGGGCCGACAGACGCCACUCUGUCUGUUUCAGUGACAGUAUUCAACCACUCAACACCGCCGCUGCCGCCAAAGGCACCAUCUGAUGGCUUACUCGCCAUUGUCAGUUCAUUUGGAGCGAUAUUCCUCCUCCUCCUCCUCCUCAUCAUCAUCACAGUGUUGUUCUGUGGUAAAAAAAUCUGCAAGAAAGACGCUGCAAGAUUUCAUCCUAAAUUAGAUGCAAACGGAAAUUGUGCAACUGGGGAUAAAAUCAGUCAGGGUUAUUCGGUGCAAACCCAGGUGACUGAAUUCACAGAAACCUCACCAGAACAACAGUGUCUGAUGGAGAAAGCAGAACUAUGCAGUGAUCAGAGUCAAUGUAGUAACAAUUAUGAAACCUUGACCAGAACAGAUGGCUGCAGCAUUUACAAAUCCAUCGACCCUUUGAAUUCCACCGCAGUUCUUAAUGGUCCAGACUCUGCUCUGUCAGAGCCAAUGACUUUACUUUCCAAAAUAGAGUCUGUUACUCCACAGACCAGUGUCACCACGCAGUCCUCCUCUCAGCCCACCAGCCCACAGAUUAUCAGCCCAGUGACCACCAGUCCCCAGGUCAACGUCAACAUCACUUUCCACAUAGGAAACGGGUCUAGCAAGACACCGCCUUUCAUGCCCUCAGAUUUGAUGCUGGCAGACUGUACACUCCCCUUAGGAGAGGAAGAGUCCUUCAGCAUCCCGCAGCAAGAAGCCGGCAAACAAUCACUGAUGUCAGUGCAGGAGAGCACAAGCUACAGCGUAUGAAGAGUAACCUGCACGAAAGACUGAUAAAUACAUUUGUUUUUGCUUUGUGUAAGAUACAACACUGAAAACAAUCUCACUGGCUACAAGAUGCACUUGUAGGUAAGUCAUGUAUUUUCAUGAGGAUAACAUGACAAACUUAAACCUUUGAUCUCUUUCCAUAUCAAAGUCAUCAACUGUCUAUACGAUGUGUAUAUGUAUAUAUAGUAUUCUGUAAAUAAAGAUGUGAAUAUUGUUGUUCUUUCAGUGA